ACGAAGCUCGGGAUUCCAGGAGGGUUGCGGCGGCCACCUUCGUUUUGCGCGUCGGUAGUUUUCUCUCUCGCACGGUAGCGCCCCGUCAUUAUUCCUCCCAACAAGAUGUUCCGCACAGCCCUCCAGUCAACGCCCCGCGCGGUACGCGCACUCAGGCCCAAGCUCGCUUCAGGGCCCCGGCGAUUCGCCUCGACAGCGCCGGCAAACAAGAAGGGCACAUGGAAGGGCACCGCCCUGCGAUGGGGUCUCGCCAUUGGCGCCGUCUACUUCUACAACACCAGCCCUAUCUUUGCCGAUGAGCUACCGGCCGACGCACUCCCUGCGCCGGCUCACUUCUCCGAUGCCGACCUCCCCACCGUCGAUGCCUUGAUGGAGCAGAAGCGGCGCCAAGCAGCGGCUGCCGCCCCGCCACCACCACCGCCGCCGACCAAGACAGUCGAGGAGAAGCCGGCAGAGACGACAGAGGCAACGACCAAGCAAGCGAAGCCCGCUGAGACCGAGGCAACACCAGCGCCUGCCGUUGAGGAAGAACACGAACCCGGCUCGCCUGAGGCGCUGGCGCAGGAGGCCACGCAGCAGGGCGCGUUCGACCCGGAGACCGGCGAGAUCAACUGGGACUGCCCGUGCCUGGGCGGCAUGGCGCACGGGCCGUGCGGCGAGGAGUUCAAGGCGGCCUUUAGCUGUUUUGUGUAUUCCAAGGAGGAGCCCAAGGGGAUGGACUGCAUCGACAAGUUCCAACACAUGCAGGACUGCUUCCGGAAGUACCCCGAGGUUUACGGCUCCGAGUUAGCCGACGAUGAGGACGAGGAGGCGGCUCCUGCUCCGGAGAAUACCCUGGCAAAGGUCGAGGAUGGCCAAGCGAAGCCGGUGCAAGAGAAGACAGCAGCCCGGGCUGAGAAAGAAGAGAGGGCUAAGCCUCCCAAGCCGGCUACCGACGCGACUGACGCGAACAAGGGCAAGCAGCAAUGAAUGUACAAACCAAAUUCGCGGCCUGUACAAGCUGUGGAUGCAGAGCGAAGCGGCGUGUUUGCUGCUGGGUGUAUAGGGGGCUGGAGCCACGCACAUUGUACGACUCUUGAUGUAUACUAUUUAGAUAGAGGCUCAAUAGACCUUUCUCUCAUUCA